AAACCCAAAGGCACCAUGGAGUACUUGGUGGAAUCUCGAGACACACUGAACAGCAUCGCCCUGAAGUUUGACACCACACCCAAUGAACUUGUCCAACUGAAUAAACUCUUCUCAAGAGCUGUGGUACCAGGCAAGGUGCUCUAUGUCCCUGAUCCAGAGUAUGUGUCCAGCGCUGAGAGUUCUCCCUCCCUCAGUCCCAUCAGCCCCCUCUCCCCCACCUCCUCAGAGGCCGACGUGGAGAAGGCCACCACGGACUCUGACGACGCCCAUCGCAGGUUGGCCAUGCCCUCUUUGGCACACCCCUUGCCCCGCCCAGCCCGCAUUGUGUCCUCGACCUCGGAGGAAGAGGAGGCGCUGACGGAGAAAUUCCUCAAGAUCAACUGCAAAUAUAUAACUGAUGGCAAGGGGAUAGUGAGUGGCGUAUUACUCGUCACUCCCAACAACAUCAUGUUCGACCCCCAUAAGUCUGACCUCCUGGUGCAGGAGAGGGGCUGCGAGGAAUAUGGCAUCAUGUGUCCCCUAGAGGAGGUGCAGUCAGCCGCCAUGUGCACGGAGAUCACAGACGGCAGGAUCCGGGAGCUUGUGCCCCCAUAUCUGGAUCUGUCAGUGGCAGGUCCUGAAUCGGGCCACCAGAAGAGGGCUCCACGGGGGGCCACAGAGGAGGUGGGACAGCACCCACGCGAAACAGGCAAUGACAGUGCCAGCACUGCCCCACGCAGUACCGAGGCCUCACUCUCCGAGGACGUCUUCACGGAGUCCGAGCUCUCACCUGUUCGCGACGACGCCGCUACCUCUUCAGAUGAGCUGCAGAGGAACAAGUCGUCCGGAGCCUCGUCCGAAUCGGUUCAGACAGUCAACCAGGCCGAACCAACGUCCGGCACCGCCACAGGCGCCGCGGAGUCCCAACAUACCAGAGGGAGGAAGGUCAAGUGUGAAGGGACAGAUACGAGACAGGAAGAGAGAGAGGGAAAGAGUGUGACUGAAGGAGAAAAGCAGAGCACUGGCAACACCUUAACUGCACAUUCAACGCAGAACGUUCCGGAGAGUAUGUCCGUUGAACAGCCUGCAGGAGGACCCAAAUCUCGCACCACCUCAGAGUCACAGUGUUCAGAUACCGUGGCCGCUGAAGAUCCUGGGUCAGCACCUGGUCCCACCGCAGAAAAAGAAAUGCAUGUCACAGAGUCAGCCAAUAAUCUGAAGGAAGGAGAGCAGGUGACCACUGGCAAGACCACAUCGGAUUCAGCAGAGGAGGGGAAAGCAACAGAGGAAGGUGUGCUGGAGUCCAAGGAGAAACGGAGGUCCAAGUCCCAUAAGUUCUUGUGCUUGCGGGUUGGCAGGGCCAUGCGGAAGACCUUUGUGUCUCAUGCCAGUGCGUCUAUGCAGCAGUACGCCCAGAGAGACAGGAAGCAUGAGUACUGGUUCGCCGUCCCAUCGGAGAGGUCAGACCACCUGUAUGCGUUCUUUGUCCAGUGGACACCCGACGUUUACGGAGAGGAAAUGAGUGGGGUUAAAAGGGAGCCUGGGUUUGUGGUGGUUAAGAAAAACCAGGAGGCCGGAGACGGGCAGGAGAAAAGACCCAUACCUGAUAUCACGGCUAAAGAGUGGGAGGUAGUGUCAGUGACUGAAUACUACCGGCGGAUUGAUGCGCUAAACAGUGAGGAUCUGCGAUCACUCUGCAAACGCCUACAGAUCACGACCAAGGAAGACAUUAACUCCAAACAUGGUCUGGUGGCAAAGAAUGAUCCAGAGCCGGAAACAUUUAGGCCCAAUCUGAAUGAACCAAGUGACCUUCUGCAGACGGAUCAGAUUGAGAAGGUGAGGAGAGAGGGAACACUGGCAAAGAACCUGCCACCCAGGACAAUUGGAUACCCCUGGACCCUAGCAUUCAGCACAUGCAAACAUGGCAUGAGCAUCAAGAGCCUGUACCGUGCCAUGCAGGGCCUGGACUCACCCGUUCUCAUGGUGAUCAAAGACAGUGAUGGGCAGCUUUUUGGAGCCCUGGCCUCAGAGCCUUUUAAAGUCAGCGAAGGCUUUUAUGGCACAGGAGAGACCUUCCUCUUCUCCUUCUGUCCAGAUUUCGAGGUGUUUAAAUGGACUGGAGACAACAUGUUUUUCAUCAAAGGAGACAUGGAUUCAUUAGCAUUUGGUGGCGGAGGGGGUGAAUUUGGCUUGUGGUUGGAUGGUGAUCUGUACCAUGGUAGAAGCCACUCGUGUAAAACCUUUGGAAAUCCCAUGCUGUCCAAGAAAGAGGACUUCUUUGUACAGAACAUUGAAAUCUGGGCAUUUGAAUAG